GCCAUAUCGGUAUUUAUUUAACAGAUUAAGCAAGAACUCGCCCUUAGAAGCAUAAAUCUAUAUCACAUUUGAUAUUCACAUUCAAGUUCGACGCUGUCAGCAUGAAGAGUCUCCUCAAACAUAUGGGCCCCAGGCGGGUGACCAACGUCCCUACGGACGACGUCUUCCAACUCAAUGCAAUUGACCGAGUGGGCGCAAUCAGCAACAUGAUGGGCUGGACCAUGCUGAAGUUCGACCAAGUCCUCGACCCAGUCAAACUGCAAGAGACACUCGUCAGCCUUAUAAAGACGGGGGAUUGGAGGAAGCUUGGCGGACGGCUUCGCAGGAAUGAAAAGGGUCAUUUGGUAAUUCGCGUACCGAAGGAGUUCACCGAACAACGACCGGCCGUUGGCUUUUCUCAUGCAGUUUAUUACUGUCGCGUUCAAGAUCACGAGCUGGGUCGUCAACUGCCUACAUAUGAGCCGGAAGAGAUCAACCUGGCGCCAUCGCCCACUAAAUUUCAUGAGUUCGCACAGCCGAGUGGAGUACCCAAAUGUUUGGACGACUACCUGCGCUCGGACCUGCCCCAGCUUUGGCUUCACAUUGUGUCUUUCGAAGACGCCACGCUGACAUGCUUGACCUGGCCGCACGCAACUAUGGAUGGUGCCGGGCUCAGCGAGCUCUUGACGGCAUGGGCUUACACGCUUGCGGGCCUUUCGAAUCAAGUACCGCCCUGCCUGUCUUUGAGGCACGACCUCCUGAACGACCUUAUUUCAGAUGCUCCCGACAGGGUGCCGAUUAAAGAGGAAAUAUUUUUCGACUCGAAUAAAAUAGUACAGUUCGCACUCAUGCGUAUCAUGUGGCUGGUGAUGCUCAUUAUACGCGCGCUGUUCGCCGAAAAGCAGGAGUUGCGCAAUAUAUGGGUGCCGAAGCGCGUGAUAGACAAGAUUCGGCAGGGGUCAUUGUCAGCUUUGGAGGCGGCAGACGAGCAGGGCAACGCCGGGUCAGGCGGACCUGUAAAGAACGGCAAGAAACGCGCACAUGACGCAUUCAUCCCCGGCGAUCUCGUUCCCGACCGCGAAUCGGGGCGGCCGUUUAUUAGCGAGAGCGAUGCCAUAAUUGCAUUUUUCACCAGAGCGGCGGCAAGAGCUUUGCCUCCCAAGUCUCGCCGCACUGUCAAUAUAUCCAUCAUUCUCAACAUCCGCGACCGCCUUCCGUCCUUGACAGCUCGACUGCCUAAGCCCGGUGUGUUUAUUUCCAACCUCACCAUGUCUGUACAAACUCUGCUUCCCGCUCAAGCCGUGAUUCCCAAGGACCAAGGGGACCACACCGCGCGGACGAAGUUUUCGUCCCUAGGUCUGACGGCGGCAUCGGUCCGGUCGAGCCUCCACGCCGGCUUGACGGAGCCUCAGUUUCGCGCUCUUGCCAAGGUGCAGCUGAAAGCAUACGCCUCCCGCCUCGUUGGGCUCCCCAUCAUCGGAGGCAUCGACUGCUUCCAGGUCACCUUUAGCAGUCUCAAAGGUAACAUCUCCAGCUACAAGCAAGACGAGCGGGAGCGUUAA